UGGCAAGUUUUUUUGUCCCUGAUGAGAUGCAGAAGGAUUGCCCAAACGAAACAAGGACUAAAACUCUGCAAAUCCUCCCACUGUGGCUCCGGCAUUGUUUAGUCUUCCACUUAGGUCUGUAAAGCCAAUCCUGAAAUGGUUGUAGGCGGAAAGUAACAUAAACCACCACGUAGCUAGGAAGCAGGGGAUGUUGCUCAUUGCACAAGAAGCUUUGGGUAUUUUGAAGAUGUUGGGAAUGUUGGAACAAAACAGCGGCAGUCUGUGGAAAUCGGGCUGAGAACCUCCACCCCCUCGGGGAGCCAAGGGCAUGAACUCCUGUGGAUGGAGGCAGCGAGAGGGAGGCUCAGCACCUCCGGGGACCGGGGCCUCCAAAAUAGUUCCGAUGCCACUGGACCGCAUGGUUUUAUGGUUUAUUUCAGGUCAUCGCAUCACCAACUUGACACAGUGCUGAGUGAAGCUGCCCGCAUGCGGGACAGAGGGCUCUUACUGUGUGCGGAGCUCUUAUGCCAGCCCUGAGUGAAUUCAUUCCUUCAGCACGGCACAGAGCUCUGCACACCAUGCUAAAUUAAGGUGGAUUAACAGGUCGGGCACUUGGAGCAGAGCGAGGACUGCCUGUACAGUAUCCUAGCACCCUGCUUGCUGGCAUGCUGUGUCCCGGUCCCCAGUGGCCAUUUUAGAACUGAGCAGGAUCAUUAAGGUUGGAAAAGACCUCUAUGGUCAUCUAGUCCAACUCCAUCCCAUCCCUACUGUGCCUGCUAACCAUGUUGCUCAGUGCCAUAUCUCCACAGUUCCUGAAGACUUCCAGAGAUGAUGACUUCACCACCUCCCUGGGCAGCCUGUGCCAGUGCAUCAUUGCUCUUUGCUCCUAAUGGAGAUGAUAUCCUAGGAUUAAAGGAUUAAGGUGCAGGCAAACUUGAGCUUGCAGGGCUGGGGCUGCCCCAUUGACCAGGGACUAGGGACUCCCAUGGAACAAAAACAGCACCAAAAUAGUUAACCAUUAGCAAAGCAGUUUGCUCUAACAUCCAGUUAAAAUCCCUAUUUGGGAUUUGGCCCCAAAUGCCACACAUCCUUCCUCAUGGGUCAGAUGUCAAAACCUCCAUUUCCCCCUUGGCAGGCAGCUGCUAAAAGACAGUUUAAUGUAUUGCUCCAAAACACAGAAGACUCUGAUGUUGGAGGUAGCAAAAUGUAAGUGGAAUUUUAACAGCAACUCGAAAAUCAUGCCAGUAAUGCUAUGACUGCAUUUUUCACAUCCACUGAAUUGCCAGGAAGACCUCUUCUUUCCCCCAGCUUUUCUACGGAAACAAAGCAUUUGUCAUGCUCUGCAUGUUCACAUGUGUAUCUGCCCUUCCGCCUCCAAAGCUCCUGACCCCGCCAGAUGCCCUGACGUAGCCUUAAAGGUCAGAAAGGUGUAGGCAGCGGGCAGGGGAGAGCCUGGAUAUGAGCAUCUCACAUGCUCUGCACCAGUUAGCUUUCGAGUCAGAAGUGCACAGGCAUGGGAGAAACUCAUUACCAGAGCUGUAGCUGGGCAUCCAGCUUGGCUUAUGCAGGCUUGCGUAUUGUGAGACAUCGGAGAAGCCAGCUGCAAAGAGCCAGUCCAUGGCACUGUGUUGAUAUUGCUGCUCCGGCUGAACUGAAGGGCUGCAGAGCUCUGGAUUGUGGGAGAAGUUAUUACAAGUGAAAUGCAAUUAAGAAGAGCUCCAAGGAUGGUACGUGAAUGAGAAAGCAUACAGCUCCUCCAUCCUUGUUGCCUCUGGGAUUCUGCCAGUAGAUGGACCAGGUUUCCAAGGUCUCCCGCAUCAGCUGUGUCUGGUCAAGGAUGAAACCGACUGGGUCCUGGGCUGGUUGCCAUCUUUAGAUAUGAAGACAAUGGUGAUGACCGGUCUGAGAGCAUCCUUGCUGAGAACCAUGUGGACAGCACUGGGGGGAUGUUGAGUGGAGCCAGCAGCAGGAAACCCAUUAAAACAGGCAUGAAGGAGCUGGCGGUGAUGAGGGAGAAGGUGAACGAGCAGCAGCGGCAGAUGGGCAAAGUGGGCAAGGUCCAUCACAACCAUGAGGAUUCAAAGAAGUCGCGGAUGCCGACAGGCAGGACCCCUUGUCAGCAGGAGCUGGAUCAGGUCCUGGAGCGCAUCUCUACCAUGCGACUGCCGGAUGAGCGAGGUCCCCUGGAGCACCUCUACUCCCUCCACAUCCCCAACUGUGACAAGCAUGGCUUGUACAAUCUCAAGCAGUGCAAGAUGUCGGUGAAUGGGCAGCGUGGAGAGUGCUGGUGUGUGGACCCCAUCCAUGGGAAGGUGAUCCAGGGUGCACCCACCAUCCGUGGGGACCCCGAGUGCCACCUCUUCUACACAGCCCAUGAGCAGGAGGACCGGGGAGCACACGCCUUGCGGAGCCAGUAGAUGGAUGUAAUCCUGCUUGCUGUGGCCCCGGUGCUGGAUUUUUUACAUGGGUUUCAGCAUGUCUCUUUUAGGCUCUGGAAGAGACCGGGGUUGGGUCCUGUGUGCUGCCCUCCUGCUGCCCCAGUUCUUGGGGAGGGAAGAGAUGACAGG